CCGGCAGACGCGCUUCGCAGUCUCCUGUCAUCCACAGGCGCUGCCGACUAGUGCGACCCUGGGGCGGCGGCCACCGCCUCGUGCGACGCGGCGUGGCCUUCCAGCGGCCGUCCCGGGCGGCGGGAGUUGGCAGCGGGAUGUGCUCGGCUGGGGAACUGCUGCGGGGCGGCGGCAGCGGGGAUCGCGACGAGGACGGGGACGCUCUGGCGGAGCGGGCGGCGACUGGGACGGAGCGGGAGCCCGGAGCGAGCCCGCGGCGGCGCGGGCUGCAGCCCCCGGAGGAAAGCGAGCAGGAUAUUGAAGAAUCACAAAACCACACUGGUGAUUCUGUUGGAGAUGACUACAAAAAGAUGGGAACACUUUUUGGUGAAUUGAACAAAAGCCUCCUCAACAUGGGCUUCACAAGGAUGUAUUUUGGAGAACGAAUUGUGGAACCAGUAAUAGUCAUUUUCUUUUGGCUCAUGCUGUGGUUCCUUGGCCUACAAGCCCUUGGACUAGUUGCUGUCCUUUGCCUUGUCAUUAUUUAUGUGCAGCAGUAAAACUUGGCCGAAU